AUGUGGCUUUACAAGGCAUUGCUUUGUUGCGCUUUGGUCGAUGGCUUUGAAGUGCUGGAUGUCGGCGCACCGCGCUCCGGGACACAGACCUUGGCGAACGCGCUGAAGCUGUUGGGUUACAAGGCCCUUCAUUCUGGAAUGAUGCGCGAGAAGCGUCAACCUUGGUGCGACUACAUUUACCAUAAAGGCAACUUGGAGCCCGCGCUGGCCAGCCUUGAAGGCUACGACGCGGCCAUGGACGAGCCAUUUCAUUUGGUCUACCGGGAGAUCAUGGCAGCCUUCCCAGAGGCCAAGUUCAUCUACACCAUCCGAGACCCUGAGAGCUGGUUCGCCUCCUAUGACAAGCUCAUGGCAGAAAUGAUCGCAGCCGAUCAGACUGGAAAAAGGACUUUGUUGCGCGGCUUCCGGAAAAUGCAUCUCCAUGUGCCUGAUGAGCUGCGCUGGGCCAUGAAUUUGGAUAUUUGGAGUUCUCCUUGCACCUCCUGCAACAACUGGGGCUGUCGCUUUGGGCAAGCGGAUUCACACGACGCGAAGGCGGAAUGCCUCGCGAACUACGAGAAGCACUUCCAGACCCUGAAGCAGGUGAUCCCAAAGGAUCGAUUGUUGGUCUUCAACAUGACGGAUGGCUGGGCUCCCUUGUGCAAGUUCUUGCAGAAGCCCAUUCCUCCUUUGCCUUUCCCGCAUGACGAUGGGGUGGGCGAGUGGUACGACGAGCACUUCAACGACAACGGCACCUCGCUGGUGCAGUCCGCCGCCGCGCGGCGGCCCGCGCGGCGCUCCGCACACGCGGAUGCUGAGCGGAGCGAGCUGGCUGAGCUGUGA